CAUUACAAGGAGCAGUGGGACCCUAUUUUCCAAAAUGGCAGUGCUGGUAUAUGUAAUUCUGUUCCUCCCUUCACUAGUGUUUGUAUCUUCUGAUCAUGAUGAUAUUGAUAUUUACAACCUACAUGUAGACUGCAAAGUAACUUCUCGAUUCGCCCACACUGUCAUAACAAGUCGUAUAGCAAAUAAAGCCAAUGUUUCCAAGGAGGCUAUAUUUGAAGUGGAACUGCCAAAAACAGCCUUCAUCACAAACUUCAGCAUGAUAAUUGAUGGAGUGACGUAUGUUGGAACUGUGAAAGAGAAAGAGGCUGCACAACAGCAGUAUGACACUGCAGUUUCUCAAGGUCAAAGUGCUGGACUGGUUAAAGUGUCUGGAAGGAAAAUGGAAGAAUUUAAAGUUGGAAUCAAUGUAGCUGCAUCCAAGAAGGUUACAUUUCAGUUGACAUAUGAGGAGCUGCUGAAAAGGCAUUCUGGAAAAUAUGAAAUACAUAUAAGGGUUCAACCCAAGCAACUAGUCAAAAAAUUCAAGAUUGAUGUUUAUAUCACCGAACCACUGGGCAUCAGCUUUCUGACCACUGAAGCACCAUUUCUCAAUGAAAAUUUGACUAAGGCACUUUCAAAGACUCAAAAUGACAAAGAGGCCUAUAUUUCAUUUAAUCCAACAUUACAACAACAGCGCAUCUGUGCUAAGUGUGAGGAAACUAAAAUAAAUGGGGAUUUCAUUGUGAAAUAUGAUGUCAACCGGGAAAUAGCUGCAGGUGACAUACAGAUUGUGAAUGGAUAUUUUGUGCAUUAUUUUGCUCCAGAAACUUUACCCAAACUUCCAAAGAAUGUGAUCUUUGUAAUUGAUGUAAGCGGCUCUAUGUCUGGGAGGAAAAUUGAACAGACAAGGGAAGCUCUGCUAAGAAUUCUGAGUGACAUGCAUUCAGAUGAUCGAUUUAAUCUUAUAACAUUUAGCAGUUCUGUUUCCACAUGGAAGACUGCUGUAGUCACUGGAAGUACAUCCCAUAUAGAAAAUGCCAAAAGACAUGUAAAGGGCAUACAUGCUAGAGGAGGGACUAAUAUCAAUGAUGCUGUACUGGAGGCUGUUAAUAUGCUGGAUGAUGCUGAGAAAAAAGAAAUAUUACCUGAAAGAAGUGCUUCAAUUAUUAUUCUUUUAACAGAUGGUGCACCUACUUCUGGGGUUACAGACAAAAAUGAAAUCAGAAAGAAUGUUAAAAAUGCCAUUAAGCAACGUUAUACACUGUACUGCCUUGGAUUUGGUUAUGAUGUUGAUUAUGAUUUACUGGAAGCGAUGGCUUUGGAAAAUGGAGGUGUAGCACGUCGCAUUUAUGAAGAUUCUGAUUCAGAUUUACAGCUUCAGGGAUUCUACAAUGAAAUUGCAACACCAAUCCUGUCAGAUAUUAAGUUCCUUUAUUCAGAAAAUGCUGUUUCAUCCCUAACAACCAAUAUCUUCAGGCACUACUAUAUGGGCAGUGAAAUUGUGGUAGCAGGACACAUUGAAGACAACUCACUUGACGUACUAGCUGUUCAGAUUAAUGCUCGGGCAUCACAAAAUGAUUUGGUGUUAAAUACAACAGCCAGUGUGCAAGGUAUGGCAGGAAUACUUAAAAAUCAGACAUACAUUUUUGGAGAGUACACAGAGAGAUUGUGGGCAUACCUGACCAUUCAGCAGCUGCUGGAACAGAUAAUUUCAGCCAGUCCUUUACAAAAAGAACUACUAACACAAAAAGCCCUGGAGCUUUCUCUGAAGUACAACUUUGUCACAUCUCUGACAUCCAUGGUUGUCACCAAACCAACAGAGGGUGAAGAUACUCAAACUAUGCUUGCUGACAAACCAAAAGAUGAAGGCAAAAAAGAAGAGGAUACUAUCAGUGGAUUUUCCAGAGGUAAGGCAUUAAGAGUUAUGAAUCAAAGAAGAAAGUUUACAGUAUUUGGAGGUAGAAGUUUGUUUCCAUCUCUCAGCGAUCAAGCUCUUGAUACAGAAAUAAUAUCAGAACAGCUACUAGCACUUGGAGGUAGAAGUCGGCUUGGCUCUUACAACGAUCAAGUUAUUCACAAAGAAAUAAUGUCAACACGUAGAAUCCAUGAAAUAUGCAUUAAAAUGAGACUCCAAGUUAAUUUGAUGUCAUUUAGUUACUAA